UGACCGGAUGUGUAUAUUCGCCAUAGCUAGCUUGGCAGCUUCAGCUCCGUGACAGCUCGUAGCUCACUCGCAGUCACAUUAAACUGAUCUGGCGCUACUUUCUGCAUCGACCAACGACCUUGCAACUAACUCAACAUGCUGUCCUACAUCAUUGGUCUGAUCCGGGGCGGUUUUGAUGGAAUCAUCAACCUGAUCUUCAGACUCUUCUUCUCCAAGAGGAGAGCAGCCAUCACCUUAGAGGACCCCAACAUCAAGUAUGCACUGCGGCUGAUCGACAAACAGAUCGUCAGUCAUGACACAAGGAAGUUUCGCUUCGCCCUGCCCUCCCCUGAACACGUCCUGGGUCUCCCCAUUGGGCAGCACAUCUAUCUGUCUGCCAGAAUCGACGGGAAGCUGGUGGUGCGUCCGUACACGCCGGUGUCCAGCGAUGAUGACAAAGGCUACGUGGACCUGGUGGUGAAGAUUUACUUCAAAGAUGUGAACCCUAAAUUCCCUGAGGGAGGGAAGAUGAGUCAGUAUCUGGAGAGCCUCAAGAUCAACGAUACUAUCGACUUCAGAGGGCCGAGCGGUCUGCUCGUUUACAAAGGCAGAGGUGUUUUUGCCAUUCAGCCAGAGAAAAAGUCUCCAGCUGUGACCAAGAACGCCAAACAUCUGGGCAUGAUUGCUGGAGGGACAGGAAUCACUCCCAUGUUGCAGAUCAUCACAGCUGUGAUGAAGGAUCCUCAGGACCAGACGGUGUGUCACCUGCUGUUCGCCAACCAGACGGAGAAAGACAUCCUGUUGAGACCUGAGCUGGAGGAGAUUCAAGUCAACAACCCGGACCGGUUCAAGCUGUGGUUCACAGUGGACAAAGCACCUGAAGACUGGGAGUACAGCCGAGGCUUCAUCAGUGAGGACAUGGUGAGGGAACACCUUCCUCCGCCCAGCGACGACACCCUCAUCCUGAUGUGUGGACCUCCACCCAUGAUCCAGUUCGCCUGCAACCCAAACCUGGACAAAGUCGGCCACUCGAGCAGCUGCACGUUCACCUUCUAGAUGUCCGUACACCAAAGAAGUCCAGGUUUUUGACAAGAUCGGGCAUCUGAAUAUCAUUUCUGCUACCCUGAAAGCAUUAAAGCACUCGUACAGCUGCAGUGGGUAUUGCACUAUAUAUAUACUAUAUUUAUGCCAUGAUGUUCUUCAUGCAACAGAAUCACAGCACGGACCAAUACAUGUAGUCAGUAAGUGUCAGUAAGAGGAGUAUGUCGAGGAGUUUUCUGAUGGGAAAAUAGAAAGUUUUCAGACUGUUGGCUUUAAAAUACUCGUGAUUGCGAAAAAAAAAACAAACCUGCCGCCUGCUGUCGCCCCACUUUGGUUUUAAUAUCAGAGGAGUUUUCUGAGUGCCUUAACACUGCGAAGCUUUUUAUAUGCAGAACUGAAGAAGAAUUAUGAGCACUUGUUUUCAUUUAUACAGAUCGUUUUUGAUUUCCUCCAUUAUAACUUGAGAAUAUGUUACAGAGUAAAACAUGCUCUCGUGUCUUGUCGUCGCAUCAAAAGAUGUCAAUAUUUUGCUAGAAGUGAUUUGUUGAACGUGAUUGUGGUUCCUGAUGUGACGUCUUUGCAACAGUGGAUACUUGUGUUUGGAUAUGCAACAUAAAGAUCAACUGCUAAAGAA